AUGCCAUAAGUCAGUUCAAAAUGAAGUUACCUUACCUGUUGAUUUGUUUGUGGGUGUUUUUACCCCUAAGUCGCAGUCGGCCAGAUGCCCCUUAUUACUACUCAGCCCCUGCUGAGGUUGAAAACCCCUUCACUAGAACCUCAGGCUUUCCAUCAGCUGCACUAAGCCAGUCUUAUCUACCAGCAAACCGAGCCCCUGAACAUUCUCAGCCGAGCUUCAAUAACGUUCCAGCUACCUCCUAUGGAACCCCUCUUUUGAGAACCUCAAUCCUUCCUUCAAGCAGCUCACUAACGCCGCAAAGAAACUACGGUUCUCCUGAAGUACGGUCCCAACUUCCUCCACUGAGCCCUUAUUCAGCUCAGCCGCAACGCGCUGUAAACAUCCAGAAACACUUCUACUUUCAUGUGGCGCCUCCAGAGAUGGAGGAGCAAAGACCUCAAAGAAUCCAUGAACCGAAAGUCGCCCAGAAGCACUACAAAAUUAUCUUCGUCAAAGUUCCCUCAUAUGCUCCAGCAGCAAAGUACGUGGAGCAGCAACAGGCGUUGCAAGAAGAGAAAACCCUCAUCUAUGUGCUAGUGAAAAAGCCAGAGGAAGAGGUUCCAGUGAGGGCCAACCAAGUUGCAGCCCCAAUUAAUAAACCAGAGGUCUAUUUUGUUAAGUACAAAGGAAAAGCUGAUGCACCACCAGUUCCAACUGGAGAACAGAGUGAAAGUGUUCAAAAUGAGGAUAACGACUCAGUGGUGGUUGAGAGUGCUGGGAGAACUUCCCAGCCCCAAGCCCAAGGGUACAUAUACGAGAAGCAUGUAGGUGUGCUGAAGUAGUAAUAUGGUUACAGUGUAUUGGGAAGAAUAAGUUUUAUAUUGUCAUAUAUUUUUUUAGUUAAGUC